GUGGCCCACAAUUAUUUCAGCAGACGCAGCAGUAACUCCCUUAAAAAGCUCUGCCUAGAGUAGUGUGUGACUCGUGACUAUGUCUCGCAGUGUGAUAGCUGGUCUGGUUUUGCUGCUCUCAGCCACUUCAGUGGUUGGCUCAGGAGAUGACUCACCUGCUGAUUGCGCUACUGAGUGUGUGAGUCAGCAGGAGCUGGCUGCUGUGAAGGCAGAGGUGGAUCAGCUACACUCACAGCUACACUACUGGCAGAAUGUG